AUGUCUGCAAUUCCAGAUGCAGCUGUGACAUUUCUACUGGAAAACAUAAAGCAAGCAGUAUCUUACUAUGGGAGCCUGAUCGUGAACGCGCAGAGCAACGUUUUGGAGCUGCAACGACAACUGGAGGAUCUGAAACGGGUGAUGAGCGACUUCUCCAGGUACAAUCACGACAGCGAUGUCGUGAAAGGCGUGGUCAAGGACAUCAAGGACAUCAUCCACGAAGCCGAGGACGCGGUGGACGUUUUCGUGGUGUACGCGGCUGAGCAGAAAGCGAGGAACUGGAUGGAGAAGCUAUACCACAAGGCCACCGAUUACCCGAAGAAACUCGUGGAAGUCGGGGAAUCCAUGAACGGGAUCAGCAAAAGGAUUCAGAAGAUUCAACAGGACGGGAUCCAGAAUGGGAUUAAGCUCCUGGAUCAUCAGGCCAUCAUCAACCUUUCUCAACCUGAUGACACCGCCUCUACCGAGGGUGGAGGGAAAAAGGAGCCAGAAGUAGAGCAGGAGAAUGUGAUUGGUUUUGAUGAUGCAACCAAAGAAGUGCAAGGACUCUUGACCGAGGGGCCUGAAGAACUGGAAAUAGUCACCAUAGUUGGAAUGUUAGGGCUUGGGAAAACCACACUUGCUACAAAAGUUUUCAAGGACCCAAAGGUUGAUUAUGAGUUCAUGAUUCAAAACUUUGUUUAUGUUUCGAAAGAAUACAAGAAGAAGGAAGUGUUACUCAAGAUUUUGGAGUCUGUAACAGAUCCCACCGAACAUGCGAGUAAGGGAGAAAAAGAUUUAGAAAAACUAGUUUGUCAAGAGUUGAGUGGGAAACAAUAUUUGAUCGUGUUAGAUGAUAUUUGGGAACCAGCAGAUUGGGAUGACUUGAAAGGCGCUUUUCCGAAGAACAACAAGCGGUGUAGAGUUCUAAUAACUACUCGCCAUAAAACAGUGGCAAAACGCGCAAAUCCAAACAAAGAUCCUUAUGAGUUGCAGUUUUUGCCAAUGGACAAGAGUCUAGAGCUUCUGGAUUGGAAGAUUUUUAAGGGAAACAAGUGCCCACAGCAUUUACAAGAUUUCGAGACAAAAAUUGCAGAAAAAUGUGAUGGGUUGCCUUUGGCAUUAGUGGUUCUUGCUGGUAUCCUUGUUAAUGAUCCAGAUAGCGUGGAAUUGUGGAGCACUGUGGCAGAGAGUGUAAAAGAUUACAUUGCCAAAAAAAUGACAGAAACUGGCAAGGUGUUAGGGCUUAUGUAUAAACACUUGCCAAACGAGUUGAAGUUGUGCUUCCUAUAUCUUGGACUGUUCCGUGAAGAUUUUGAGAUUCCAGUUUGGAAACUAGUACGUUUAUGGAUUGCAGAAGGGCUCAUUCAGAAGGAUGGAGGCCAUAAUUUAGAAUUUGUUGCAGAGAAAUUCGUGGAAGAGCUUGUGAGUAGAAACUUGGUGAUGGUUGGAAAGAGGAGGUCCAAUGGAAAGAUUCAAACUUGUCGUAUGCAUGAUACGUUGCGAGAUUUUUGUAAGACGGCAGCUGAAGAAGAAAACCUUUUUGAAGAAAUCACUGAGAAGAAUCUCAAUGUGUUUCUGUCAGGGGACCCAACAAAGUUGGACAAAUAUCGCCGUAUCUGCAUAAAUAACAUCAGUGUUAAGGACUAUCUCUCCUCAAAAAGCCUAUAUGGUAAGCAUGUUCGUUCUUUCUUAACCUUUGUUGAUCAAGAAACACUCUUAGAUCUAAAAUGUGGACCUCAAAUCCCCAAAACCUUCAAACUCCUCAGAGUUUUAGAGGCCGAAUCGCUCAUCUUCCAACGUUAUCCUAUUGAUAUGCCAACCCUCAUACUCCUGAAAUACCUAGCCAUCUCUGUGACCUUUGAAAAUCUUCCUGAAUCAAUGUCUGGCCUGAGGAACCUGGAAACUCUUAUAGUACGUACUACAAAUAGUCCUAACCUCAGCAUAAAAUGGGACAUAUGGAAGAAGAUGCCACAAUUCAAGCAUUUGCACACAAAUGCUUCCACCACUUUUCCAUCUCCUUCAUGUGGACGGGACCAGAACGGAGGUGGAGAAAUCCAAACCCUUUCCACCAUCUCGCCUGAGAGUUGCAGAGAAGAAGUCUUCAAGCGAUCACCUAGACUCCGAAAAUUGGGGAUCUUCGGGAGAGUAGCUGAACUCUUUGAUGCAAAUGGUAACUCUGAUGUCUUUGGCUAUCUAAGUGGCUUGAAACAUUUGCAGAAUCUCAAGUUACUGAAUGAUAAUGUGGAGCUCAAGUUGAAAAGGCUUCCUAUGGAGAGAUACUUUCCUCGAAUGUUGAUGAAGCUAACUCUCCAAAAGACGUUUCUGGAAUGGAAAGAGAUGUCUAUUCUAGGGAAGCUGGAGUUUCUGGAGGUGCUCAAGUUGAAAGAGUUUGCAUUUGAAGGAGUGCGUUGGGACACUGAGAAAGACAGUUUUAAGCGCCUCAAACAUUUGCACAUUGGACGCACUGAUUUGGCGUAUUGGGCGUGGGAGCCUCAAGGAUUCCAUUUUCCAGAACUCAGAAGUCUCAAACUGAUGGGAUGCUAUAAGCUUGAGGAGCUGCCAAAAGGCCUGGCUGAAAUUCCCAACCUUCAAUCUCUAGCCCUUCAUUCCACCCAUCGUACCGCGUCUGUUAAAGCCAGGAUGAUUCUGACGAUGAAGCUACGAUCAGCACCGGAAAAGGGCAGCAAAAACAAAAAGUUUAAUCUCUCAAUCUAUCCUCCAGAAUAUUGA